AUGGCAUCGAAUCAUGCUCCCAGGGAAACAAACUUCAGAGAGCCACUGGUGCUAGAUAACAGGAAUGUCGACAUGGAACAGAUGGAGGUCAUCCGUCCGAAGAGACCGAUCAAGUUCCUGAGGGAGAUUGUGUGGGAGACGAUCUUUGUGAAGGAGGACGAGGAGCUCUACAUGUCACGCACCCCGAGAGCCAUUGCUGGAGAGAUUGCUGCAAGCACCGGGGAAAAUGCAGCAAGGAGAUCUGCAAAGCUCAUGAGAACGUAUCGGGCGGACACUGCGGUGGACGACGUCUGCCAGUUCGCACUGAGCUGGGGAGUGUUCAGGGACAGGACCUUGGUGGUACUUCUUGUGAUCUUCACGACCGAGUACGUCCUGCGUGUAUGGAGUUGUGUAGAGGACGUGCGGUUCAGGAGCCCGGUGUUUGGGAGGGUGAAGUGGAUGCGGCAGCCGAUGUCUCUGAUAGACUUGUUCUCCCUCAUACCUUUCUACAUCGAUAUCCUCGUCUCUGAGCACGACACGCACGGCUCCUCCUACGUCUUUCGAACGAUACGUCUCCUCCGAAUCAUCACCGUCUUCCGGUGGAAGCGGCCCUUGAAAGCCAUGCACAUCCUGAUCGAGGUGGCGAGCAAGAAGCAAGAGGAGCUAAUGGUGACUUUCUUCGGGUCCAUGAUUCUCAUCCUCCUCAUCGGAAGUUUUAUGUACGUGCUGGAAGGAGACGCCAACCCUGAGAUGUUUCCAAACAUCCCCAACGCACUCUGGUGGUGUAUCUCCUGCCUCUCUACCGUCGGCUACGGUGACGUCGUUCCGAUCACUUGGAUGGGGAAGAUGCUGGGCUCGUUAGCGUCCGUGCUCGGAGUUGGCUUGUUUGCGAUGCCUGCCGGUAUCCUCGGGUCGGGGUUCUUGGAGGUGUAUGCAGAGAGGAAGUCAAGGCACUCCCGGUCUAAGUGGGGCCCACGAGAAUCCCAGCAGACUGCCAUGGAAGCUGAUGCGAAUCAAAAUGUCGACAAGGAUCUGGGCGUGCAGAAUGACAGCAGCUUGCACGCCGCCAGCGAGAUCACAAGUGAGAUGGAUGACUACCCGAGUAUGGCGAACUUCACCAACCUGGAGAAGAGAAUGACCUCCAUGGAGAACGAGCUGAAAGAUAUGCGGGCAAUGAUCUCAUCGCUGCUCCACCUGCUGCAGCCCAUCGCCGAGAAGUCACUCAGGUCUCAGCCAACUCAAUAA